UACAAUAUAAAAAAAUGAUCUGAAGUAUACAUUUUCACAGAUACAUUUUUUUAUAUAGUUUUGGACAAAAUGAAUUCUUACAAUUUAACACAGAGUAAUAUAGAGGGGCCAUUACCGAUACGCGUAUUUAUAGCAAUAUGAAGCAAUGUAUAUGGCUAUCAGCCAUGCAUUUGGCUAUCAUGUACAACAAUAAUGGAAAUAGGGGAAUCCCCAACAACUUUUAUUUUAUCUUAAUAAUUUUAUAUUUUAUCGUCGAUUAACCGAUAAACGAUUUCCUCAAAUUUGGCAUUUACAGUUUACGCUCAGCAGUGCGAACACUGAACUCCAUACGACGAAAUACGAAUUGACCAUGUGUUUUCAAUACUUAUUUAGGCGUCCAUAUUCAAUUACGGACUUAAAAUCGCCCAAUACAAAUCAAGAUCAUAACAUCUUCAAUAUCAGUAUUCUGAAAAGGGAUCUCGGAACUAAACGUAAAUUUUUAAAGAUGACUGUAAUGAGUUUAAACCAAGAUAAAAUAAGCUUUAUGAAGGAAAAAAGAAAAAACUCUUCUAAAUCAAAAUCGAUAGACCUUAUGUAUUCCAGUAUCAGAGCUUGCGGUAUAAGGGAUACAUUUUUUUAUAUUGUGCUCGAUGACAAUAAAAGUUUUCAUUGUGGUUUUUUGUGGGUCAAGUCAACAAACAUACAUGAAAUAUAUGGCAAAGUCGGUUCCAAAAUAGGAGAUUGCAGUUGCAAAAGAAAACUAAUACCAUCUGAAAACAAUGAUAUUGAUAGAUAUAAGGUGCUGCCUCCUCCUCGUCCUUCAAAAAAGCAAGAAGACAGAUAUGACAUACAUUUAUGCAAAAGAAAACAAAAAUCAACUACCUAUGAUUCUGGGUACAUGGUGCCGCCUCCUCCUCGUCCUUUUCACCCGCAAAAUGAAGAGACUGAAUGUCCGUGUUAUAUUUCUUAAUAUCAAUAAAUAUCAAUCUUAAUAUCAUUCUUAAUAUCAAUCAAUAAAUAUAUGACUAUAAACCUUAAAUGAA